AUGGUUGUAUGGCGAAACGAUGUGUAAACUGCAUUACCUUGUUUUAAGAUAUUUCUACUUGAAUACAGCUCUUCAUCUCAUAGCUGUGUCAUAUGAACGGUAUAGCGCCAUUGUAAAAUCACCUUUGACGUAUAAUAGUUCCAUUACUAGAUCAAAAGUCGUGGUUAUAGUACUGAUAUGGACUGUCCCUUUUCUUGCUACGCCAUCGCUUUUUUCAGACAAGCAGAAUCUGUCUUUUAUCAUCCAAAACUAUUCUUUUGCAGGGCAGCUUCAGAUGCCCCCACUUUUUAUGCUCCCGCUGCGGCAUUCAUCGUGA